GAGGCGGGGACGCGCGGCGUUGAGCUUCUGCUGGCGUCUUCUUGGUCUCCUCCGAGCCUUACUCUCAGCUCUCCGAGCUCCACGUCCCCGCGCUUUUCGACUGCCACGCAGACGCUCUUUCGGGCUCCCCAGUAAACCAUAACUGAAGGAACAUGAUGGAAGAGAGCGGAAUAGAGACCACCCCGCCGGGGACCCCUCCGCCGCAUCCCGCGGGACCCGCCGCGGCCACCGUGUCUUCCACGCCCCUUCCUUCAGCUGCAACCAGUUCUUCUUCGUCUCCAAACGUGUCCUCCAUUCAGCCGCUGCCACAGCGCGUGUUCUCUGCCCCGCAGCCGCCUCUCCCUCCCGCGGUGCCCUCCGCGCCCGUGGUGCCGCCGUCACCCGUCCCUGCUGGCCCAGCCCUCGCUGCUUCUGCACCUCCUCCGGGGGCUCUGGCGCCUGCCGUUGCCUUCACUAGCCCCCCUCUGUCCCACUUCCCCCCUCCGUCUUCCGCCCCCAACACUGUUGCAUCUGCACCCUCUUCCGGCCCUCCCACGUCGGGAUUUUCUGUUGGGGCCACUUACGACAUUACAAGGGGACACGCGGGAAGAGCUCCCCAAACACCCCUGAUGCCGUCCUUCUCUGCGCCCCCCGUAACAGGUAUUUUGCCGACUCCCAUUACUCAGCAAGCCAGUUUGACCUCUCUGGCACAGGGGCCUGGAACCACGUCAGCCAUUACUUUUCCGGAGGAACAAGAGGACCCCCGAGUUGGUCGGGGCCAGGAUGAAGCAUCUGCUGGUGGACUCUGGGGUUUUAUUAAGGGUGUGGCUGGAAACCCCAUGGUGAAAUCUGUGCUUGACAAAACAAAGCAUUCGGUGGAAAGCAUGAUUACAACGCUGGACCCUGGCAUGGCUCCAUAUAUCAAAUCUGGAGGUGAACUGGAUAUUGUAGUGACCUCGAAUAAAGAAGUGAAAGUCGCCGCCGUCCGAGAUGCCUUCCAGGAGGUCUUCGGCUUAGCUGUGGUGAUCGGGGAAGCUGGACAGUCCAAUAUUGCCCCGCAGCCGGUGGGCUAUGCGGCUGGGUUAAAAGGCGCCCAGGAACGGAUAGACAGUUUGCGUCGAACUGGAGUGAUCCAUGAGAAGCAGACUGCUGUGUCAGUAGAAAACUUCAUCGCAGAGUUGCUGCCUGACAAGUGGUUCGACAUUGGCUGUUUGAUAGUUGAAGAUCCUGUCCAUGGCAUUCACCUUGAAACGUUUACCCAGGCCACGCCGGUGCCUUUGGAAUUUGUACAACAGGCGCAAAGUCUCACUCCCCAAGACUACCAUUUGAGAUGGUCAGGACUUUUGGUGACGGUGGGUGAAGUCCUGGAAAAGAGCUUAGUAAACGUCACCCGGACUGACUGGCACAGGACGUUCACCGGCAUGUCUCGGCGACAGAUGAUCUACAGUGCCGCCAAAGCCCUUGCUGGCAUGUACAGACAGCGCCUGCCGCCCAGGACCGUGUGAGCGAGCGCUCUCCCCGGGCACAGAGACUCCUGCGCUUGGAGCUUGGCGGUACUUAGACCUUGUACCUCCCCUAGGGGGACAGCUUCAGUGAAUGCAGCAGUCUUGGUAGUUUGCCUGUGGGGUGGGGUGUUCUUUUCUAGAAAAGUGCGGGGUCAUUCCAAUAGAUGAAAAGAAACAGAUCCUUUCUGUGAUCUUGUCAUUUCGUGUACCACCGUUCUUAAAAAAAAAUCUAUAAUAAAUAUUUUUAUAGGACACUUUGAUAUACCAAAUUUAUAAGGUGCAAAUUCAUGUGCCUACUACAUUUAACUUAAUGAUAUGUACUUGAUUUUUUUCGUUGUUUAAAAAGACAUAACUCAUUAAAGAGCAUGUCAUUGUUUCUUUCCAGAUUAAUCUUGUUAGUUUUUGGCGCUGUGUGUGCAGGUGAUCUCAGGUCAGAUGCCGAGCUGCGUGCUCACAGCUGACCCUCAGACACCUUCUUGCAGGGAGAUGGUGUGCAUUUCUGUGCAUAUUUUUCACAUGGGCCAAAAUAAUGAAGCUGAUAAUUUUGUUACUGUUAUCAUGUACAUACAUAUAUAGUCUAAAAAAAAUUUAUUUCUAAGUAAGUUUUGGUCUUUCACAGAUUUAUACUCUGAAACGUUGGAGUGAUCGGUUUUGUUUGCCUUGACUGUAUGACGGCUAAGUGGCAUUGAUUCAAGUAUAUUUUAAAUUGUAAGCAUUGGGUGAUUUUCAUCUAAUACUAUUCAGUAUUUCCAAGUAAACUCUGAAGUCAGCUAUGAUUUCUCCUUCCACUCCUAUUUUCUCAGUUGUCGUAGAGAAAUUGUUCAGAGGAACUACUUUGUUAUUUAUGGAAUUGUAUGCCUCUUACUUUAAUUAAUGUUACUUAAUAUUUAGUUUGCCUUAAACACUGCUUUUUUAACCUGGUGCCAUUUUGCCUUUACUCUUUAUGAAAGUUUUCAAUGAAACUAUUUAAUAUUCAAUCUGGUUUAUCUAGUCCAUUGUGUUUAUAUUUAGUGAAAGCUUCUUUUUCUCCCAAAUAAUAUAUUUUACCGUUUUUGAAUUUAUAUAAAUCAAAAUUUAAAUAGUUUGUCUUACACUUUUGAACUCUAUAUAUUGCAAGUUCAUAUAAUUUUUUGGAGAUAAUUUCUUACAUAGGUGUUAUUUGAUUUUUAUUUACUCAUCUAUACAAUUCUGUAGAUGGACCAGAAUUAGCACCAUCUCAUAAAGGGUGUCAGAGCUUUUCCCUGCACUGUCCGUGCAUGUACUGGCUUCUUUGCAUUAUUUUGAGUACUUAAUUCAUUUUUGCUCUGUUUUACCUGAGGAUGAGAAGCAUUAAUUUCACUAUGGUUUGGUGAAAUUGAGGCUUGUCAUUAAAAAUAAUGAGAGUGAGAAAAGACCUGUCAGCAGUUGCUGUGGCUUAAUAGGGAUCGAACGGUUUUCUCUUAUUGCUCUUUGUGGAACAGUUUAUCUGUGUUUCCUCCAUCUUGUUAAUAAAAAAAAAAGAGCUUUUCUCUACCAUGUACUUUUAUUGUUUAUUUUUAAAAAGCUGCUCUUACAUCUCUUACCGUGGCCUUGGCUUGAGGACAAAACACAAGAAGGGAUGAAGGAUGCCCGCACAGUAUUUCUGCCACUUUUCCCCGUUUCGGGGAGUUUUAUAGAUCCUAAGGAAUGUCGUCGUCUUUUUAUUUCACCAAGUCUCAAAUGUUUUCUUUUCUAAGGGCUGCUUUCAAAGAAACACAACAAGGGACAUCCCUCAGAUGACAGUUUUCCCAGAGUCCUCAAGUGAGCCAGCUCUGCUGCGGGGGCCACGGCCGGGUGCUCUGCCGGGGGCAGCGCGGGGGGACGGCAGCCCGGGAGGCGGUUCGGCCCCCGAUUCGUUCGUUUCUUGGCCCACAGUUCCCGUGAGAGGCACCUGCACACGCUCCGUUUUCUCGGUCUCACUGCUGUUGCUCGCGCCCCGGCAGCUGCCGCCAGUGACGCGGUGCCGCGGGCGGGAGACGCGGGUCGUUGUCACCCAGCGCUCCGUGCGCCCUGCUCCUCCCGCUCGGUCCCCGCGGGCGCCAGCACUCUUGAUUUUUAGACAGACCAGCGGCUCUGCUUUUUUGUCCCUCUAGCUUCGCAGGCAAGCCAGACUUGAACACGGCUCUUGACCACUGUUCUGGUGAUAGUUUCUUCUUCUCAAGUGCUCCAGGAACUAUUUACGGAAUCUUCGCAGCUUGUCCACUUUUUUGUUCUAAUGACAUGUGUCAAAGACAACAGGAAAAAUGCAGGGAGAGUCCUGGAACCUCAGGUGACAGCCGGUUCUCAGAAGGUUCAGUUCAAGAGCCUCCCCCUGGAUAAGGGUGACCCGUAACCCCGGGCCCUGAGCCGCGCCACAGGCUUCCGGAUGGAAGGCUUCAGGCCGUCCUCCUCUUUACCUCCUGGGCUCUUCACUCCUUCCACGGCUUCGUUCCUUUGUAUCUUACGGAUUAAUGAGGUAGAAAAUCAGAUGGCUGAAUAUAUAGCCAAAUGGUAGUGUAAUGGGAAGUUUAAGGAAAGUAGUAUAUGCAUGUAUUCAAAAAUUAUGCAAAUUUGUGAUAUACUCAGGGUCAACUAAAUUACUUUAAUGUGUUGUUGAAUUUACUUUGUUCCUGAACUACAAAACAACCCGAAACAGGUGUGUGUGUUCUCUGAAGCCAAAUUGUUAUUUUGUGACCCAAAAGAUUUUGGGUUUAUGUAUAAAUUAUUUAGAAACUUGGAUUUUUACUCCCAGAAUAUGACAUUCCAUCUUAAGAUACUAUGCAGGAUUACGUAUUGGAUAAAAACAGUUUUGUAAGUAUGUAAAUAUGUCACAAAUAAAUAAUACCUCAAUUUA